AUGGAAUCUACAUUUAUUCACUUAAAAAUUCCACUCCAAGAAAUACUAAGGGCUACUAACAACUUUGCUGAUGAAAAUAUAAUUGGGAAAGGUGGAUUCGGAAAUGUUUACAAAGGGCAGGUUACACACCGUGGGAAGCUCAUCACUGAUAUAGCAGCACGAAGAUUAGACCGUAGGCAUGGCCAAGGCAACGUUGAGUUCUGGACCGAGAUCUCUAUGCUUUCUAGUCUCGACCAUUAUGUGGUUGAAUUCAUCGGGUAUGUUGAUGAGAAAAAUGAAAAGAUCAUCAUAAACCGAGAUUACAACAAAGGAAGUUUGGUGAUGUAUUUAAGUGACCCAAAAGAUGAAUACUGGAUGCCGAGGUUAUCUGGAUUUGAAUUUGCAAUCAAACAUCCAGUAGAACGACGAAACCAAAUUUUCCUUUGUGAUGAAGCUAUUGGCACACAAGGGUAUAUGGAUCCGGCUGAUUUGAAACAUGGAGGCGUGACUAAUAAGUCCGAUGUCUACUCCUUAGGCGUCGUUUUAUUUGAAUUGUUGUGCGGGAGAAAAGCAAAGGAUGAUCAAGAUAAUAGAUUGCUAGCUUCAUUGGCAAAAUUUCAUUAUAGAAAUGGAACUCUACAAGAUAUAAUCGAUCCUGAUUUGUGGAACCAAAUGAGCCCGGAAUCGUUCAAAUGUUUCUCGGAUGCAGCUUAUUCUUGCUUAGAAGAGGAGCGAUCACAACGUCCAAAUGUGGAACAAGUUCUUAGUGAGCUUAAAAAGGCUAUCGAUUUCAAUAUUAUGUGUUAA